UAGUGCAGCUGCCGCUCGAGGAUGGCGGCGUACAAAUUGUCAUGGAAGAACACGUUCGGAUUCCUCGGUGAAAUAAGCAGUCGCAGAUAUCGAGAGUAGUAAAGCCGCUUAUUCGGUCCGACAGACUUGUUCAGAACUCUCCGAACUUUCGAGGUGCUCUCUCUCUCUGGCAAAAUGAAACUUUUGUCGCACCUGUUGCACGACAGGUGUAAUUUUGACGGAUACUCGCACGUCCUCGAUCGUAACGUGAAACCAUUCGCUUCGCGAUUCGUCAAAUCACCCGUCUAACGAUUCCUAAUUUUUAGCAAUAAUCUUUUUUCUAAGUUCUUUCAAACUAAUUACGACUUGUGUGAACGAGAUGCGCGAGAUGUGCGGACAGUGGUUGAGUGAAAGAGUUCGAAGAUGGGCCCGUGUAUACGGUGGGACGGGAAAGCUCAUCGCUAGUUGUGAAAGGUGCUGAAGAGAAACAAGGGAGAGCGGCAAGAUGGUGGACGUGUUCAACAUGAGUAAGAUUCAAAAUAUUUGCCUGCUGCCGGAGGAACAGGAUCUACUAGAGGAUCCUCGAACGCCGACUUUGAGGAGGAUCAGUUACGGCAUCGUGCUGCCGACCAUUUGUUGUUUCGGUAUCAUCGGAAACAUCUUGAAUCUCGUCGUCCUCACGAGAAGAAACAUGCGCGGCACCGCUUACAUCUACAUGCGAGGUUACUCCGCGGCGGCGCUUCUCGCGAUCCUAUUCUGCAUCCCCUUCGCGCUCAGGGUUCUCAUCCACAAGGAGAUCGGGGGAUGGAGUAACUGGCCGCAGGCCUUCUAUCAUGUUCACCUCGAGCUCUUCCUAGGAAACGGCUGCCUUGGGGUUGGAGUAAUGAUGCUUCUGGCAUUGACAGUGGAGCGUUAUGUAAGCGUCUGUCACCCCGGACAACACACGCGACCACUCUGCGGACCACCUCACCUAACAGUGGCGCUCAUCCCCCUGGCUACAUUUCUCGUUUAUCUGCCAUGUGUAUUUCGGGGUGAAGUUACGACCUGCCUGCUGGCGCCAGGCGGCCCCCUAAUCUACCAGAAGGGAGAGAAUCGGACGUUUCUUCAUUCCUGGUACUUUCAGAUUUACAAGAUAAUGCUGGAAGUCGUUUUUAAAGUGGCACCGACGAUCCUUCUCGCCGGAUUCAAUCUGAAAAUAAUGAUAGUGUACAGAAGAUCCUGCGAACGACGUCGAAGGAUGACCUUAUCGAGAACCAUUAGUAACGACGAAGAUCCGAGGACUUUUGCCGAGGAGCGAAGGCUCAUUCUGCUCUUAGGCAGCACCAGCAUCCUAUUUCUGGUCUGCGUUAGUCCUAUGGUUAUCCUAAACGUCACUCUCAGCGACAGUAAUCUCAAUCAUUAUUGGUACCAGGUGUUCCGGGCGCUGGCCAAUCUGCUAGAGGUGAUCAAUUACUCGAUCACGUUUUACAUUUAUUGCCUCUUCUCCGAGGACUUUCGCAACACUCUGAUACGUACUCUGCAAUGGCCCUGGGUCAAGAGCAAGCAGGGUGGUAGGAGUCUGCCCAUGAAACGUUCCCCGAUACCGCGACCGACGACGACUACGACAACCCCGCCGACCACCACGGUUGCCACCCCCGGACAUCUGGCCCGUGUGAGCGUUUAACACGGAUUUUUUUGCCAUCGAUGCCUGGCGAUCCGUGAUAUUCCGUUAAUCGGGAUGCAAGAAAAUGGACUCGAAUCUAACGCGAGGCUACCGAUAUACCGCGAAACCUUAAAUGAAUUGUACGAGUAAACACUCUCUGUAAAAUAAGCCGGGUAUCUCAACAAUAUACGAGAAUGUUGAUUGUACACAAUAACUUUGAACAAUUUCGCUUAUAUGUGUACAGAGGCUUGAUAGUGAAAUGUAGUAAACUCUUGCGGAAAUUUAGCCGUCGUUUCUUUCUUUUCGGUCGAUAAUAUAAUUAUUGGCGAAAAGACAAAGUUUCUCAAAUUGCGUACGUUAUCGCAGUUUUCCCGCGACGCUCUCUGCGAAUUGCUUAAUUCUUACGAGCCGAUCUACGAGGAAGUAUCCCAACUAUGUGUAUCCUGUGUACCGGCAAACUCCGGAAUAGUUGCAGGCUACCGAAACAGCCACAUCCGCGAAACAUUCCUGUGUACAGCUAAAGCCGGGUAUGUCUACAUGGUUGCUGCUGAUGCUAAAUUUAAACAUCUGACUCCGACGAUCAAAUCGAGCGACCUGAU